AUGUUGUCAAUGACGAAUUCAUCAAAUGGUCUUUCAAAAAGUCUUCAAAAAUUUCUAUCAAAUCCCGAAAAAUUUGAAACCAAUAAAUCAACAAAGGGAGCAUCAAAAUUGCGAAGAGACUUAAUUAACGCCGAAAUAGCCAAUUUGCGGGACUUGCUGCCAUUGCCACAAUCAACACGUCAGAGACUUUCACAGCUUCAACUAAUGGCGCUCGUUUGUGUUUAUGUGCGAAAAGCAAAUUAUUUUCAACAAGCUUUUAAACGCUAUGAUAAUGGAUUACAAAAUUCAACUCCAAAUAUUGGUUUUUCGAAACGAUAA